AUGCUUUCUGUAGCUCUGUUUUACCUCGUAGCUGCGAUUUGUUCAGCAAGACGGACACAUGCUUUACCUCUGUACCCUGAAUCCAACCUGGAACCACAGGCAGAGUUUAUUCAGAAACUAGUUUCAGAGGUUGAAGACGGACCAAACGCUGCUGAGGGGGAGCAGAGGGAGGUGAAUAAUCUGUAUCCUCUACUGAUGCAGCACAACGCAGGGAGAGACUCCUGGAAUAAAGGGGCUAAAGAUUCAGCACAACAGGACCAGUAUGCAAACAUGGUUGAUGACCUAAAAGAAGCAGUUCUGAAGCUGGCGGCAGCUGACAAGCUUCGCUCUCAGGGUUUUCUCAGAUCAGACCAGAACUUGCCAAAAACUAACAAGAGAGCAUGUUUCUGGAAAUACUGUGUGACCAACUAGAGACCAGCGACAGAGGAACUCAUAUCAUUUGGCCUGGUUGGAAACACCUUCAUCCAUCAUCAUCGUCAUUUUGUUCCCCACCA